AUGACGUAUUUUAAGCCGUCUACAGAUGCAACAAGAGUGACAACAAUUUUCCCACCAAUUUCAAUUGCUAUUGAGGGAAGAGAACACUGGGCAGAUUGUUUAGUGGGCUCGUUUAUAGAUAAUAAACCCCCCUUUCAUAUUGUUCAAUCUUAUGCGAUGAAAAUGUGGAGGAAAUAUGGGAUCAUUGAGGUGAUGAUGAAUAAUAAAGCAUUCUUCUUUUUUAAAUUCGAGAAUGAAUCUGAUAUGAUUCAAUGUUUGGAGGAUGGUCCAUGGCUCUUUCAAAACCGUCCAAUUCUCCUUCAGAAAUGGUGUCCAGCUACAGAACUUAGUAAAGAAGCUCCUCAGGUAAUUUCACUAUGGGUGAAAUUGUUCAAUGUUCCUUUGGAGUUUUGGAAUAAUGUUAGCCUGAGCUAUAUUACCAAUGGAGUAUGCAAGCCUCUAGGAAUGGAUAAGGUCACAGAGGACACUUGUAGAUUGGGCUCUAGAUGUAUUGGUUAUGCCAGAAUUCUUGUGGAAGUUGAAGCUACUCAUAAACUACCCGAAAUGUUGAAUGUUUGUACCCUGUGUGAGGAGACUGGUUUGACUAAGAUGAUGAGUGUUUGUGUUCAUUAUCAAUGGCGACCUUCUCAGUGUGAUCAGUGCUCUAUUUUUAGUCAUAAAGAUGCAAAUUGCCUACAACAGCCUAGGCAUGAGGGUAGAGUUGAAAGUGGGGAUUUGCAUAAAGUGAAAUUUGUGGAUAAUGAAAGGAUCCAACUUGUUACUAGAAAAGGUAAAGGGACAUCACAAAAGGGAGACAUUUUAGGUGUUAAUGGCUCCAAAAAGUCGCGCGAAGAAAUUGCUCCGUGUAAGGCUAAAUUGGCUAAAGAACAAAAAGUAAAGUCAACUAUCAGUGUGAGUAAUGUCUUCCAAUGUCUAGCUACAACCCUAGAGAUGAGACUAGAUGAACCUCCCAGUCAUCCUAAGAAUACAGGGUCCUCGGCUAUUGUUGAAGACAAGGAAAUGGUUAUGGAAGAAGAAUCAGAGUUGGGCAAUUCGGAUAUUGAAUUGGAUAAUCCUUCAAUGGUGGAAUUCAUUAAGGAAGGGGAUCUUAUCCAACCCCUAAAGCAAGCGGAGGUUCGUAAUUUUGUGAAGGAUCGUUGUAUUUCUCUUUGUGCUUUACUUGAAACCAGAGUAACUUGCAAUAAUUGUUUACGUAUCUUUGAUAAUACAUUUAGAAUAUGGAAUUGGGAUUGCAAUGCUGAUCAAGGGAAUCAGGGCUGCAUGAUUGUUAUAAGAUGGGAUCCAGCUUUCUAUAGUGUGGAAGUUCAAGAGAAAACUGACCAAGUUAUGCAUUGUCUCAUCCGAGGGCUUACUAGUGAUAAUUCUUUUUUUUGCUCUGUCAUCUAUGUUGCCAAAUACCAUAUUAAUAGGAGGGAGCUUUGGCGUAAUUUAGAGAAUUUUAAGGAGAAAGUGUUAAAUGAUCCGUGGUUGUUAAUGGGCGACUUCAAUGUAACUCUGAAUAUAAGUGAAAGUCUGGGAGGAGUCUCUUAUUUUACCACGAGCAUGAAGGAAUUUAGGGAAUGUGUUGGUAAUCUAGAGGUGGACGAUAUUAAUAGAGAUGAAAUUUUGUAUACGUGGAGUGGUAAACCCCAUGGGGUUAAUGGGGUUAUGAAAAAGUUGGAUAGGGUGAUGGGUAAUUCCCUUUUUAUGGCUACUUUUUUGAGAGCUAAUACAUUCUUCUUUCCUCAAGGGAUAAGUGAUCACAACCUUGUUGUGACUGUUUUUCCCCAGCUCAUGUCGAGUAAGCCUUGA